CGGGGCUUUAAUCAGGAACGAACAGCUGUUCUGUUGCCCGUACGUCGACAGAAUACGGUCAACCGUCGUAGCACGUGCAUCGCUCUCGCGUAUCGCAAGUGACGAUAUAACGUGGCGCAGAAUUUAAGGGAGAUCAGAGAAACGUUUUUUUUUUUUCACGCGCGUCAAACGAAAGUGACGGACGAGUCAGACAGCGAUUCUUGGCGACGAGAGGAUCGAGAAGACAGGAAGGAUAGACGACGCGAGGGACAGCGGAUAGCAUCGUCGUGUGACGCGUUAUUAGAACAGAAUAACGAGGAAUAACGAGGAAUAACGAGGACCAAGAGGACGACAUGAAUCUAUCGUUCGCUGGCUGCGGUUUCCUCGGCAUCUACCACGUCGGCGUGGCGGUCUGCUUCAAAAAGUACGCGCCACAUUUGCUGCUGAAUAAAAUAAGCGGCGCGUCCGCGGGUGCUAUCGCCGCAUGUUCCUUGCUUUGCGACCUGCCCCUCGGAGAGGUGAUUAGCAAUGUAUUACGUCUGGCAGGCGAAGCGCGACAACACACGCUCGGACCGUUCAGUCCAUCCUUCGAUGUACAACACUUUCUGUUGGAGAACUUGCGAAAAUUUCUACCGGACGAUGCUCAUAUUCGUGUAAAUGGCAAAUUGCACAUCUCUUUGACGAGAGUAUAUGACGGGAAGAAUGUGAUCGUCUCGCAAUUCGAUUCCAAGGAAGACUUAAUGCAAGCUCUACUAGCUACUUCGUUUGUACCGUUCUUUUCCGGUUUGCUGCCACCGCGAUUUCACGGCAUCAGAUACAUGGACGGUGGUUUCAGCGAUAAUCUUCCUACGCUUGACGAAAAUACUAUUACCGUUAGUCCAUUCUGCGGCGAAAACGAUAUCUGCCCCAGGGAUAUCUCGUCUCAACUUUUUCAUGUCAAUCUUGCCAAUACAAGCAUAGAGCUCUCUAGACAAAAUAUAUACAGGUUCACGAAAAUACUUUUUCCGCCAAAAACAGAGACUCUCUCGAAUAUGUGUAAGCAAGGAUUCGAUGAUGCAUUGAGGUUUUUACAUCGUAACAAUAUGCUAAACUGCACGAGAUGUCUCGCGGUACAAUCGACGUAUACAGUCCAGGAAACAAUCGAUGAUAGCAUGGAAUAUGACCCGGAAUGUCUAGAAUGUAAGAUGCAUAGACAGGAAGCAUUGGUAGCUAAUUUGCCUGAGACUGUUAUGACGAUAUUCCAAGAUGCCAUAGAUUCCGCCAAUAAGGGACUUGUUAAUUGGCUGUUCAAACACCGUAGUAUGAAACUUUUAUCAUUGUUGAGUUUGCCUUGCACGAUACCGGCAGAUGUAAUGUACGCCACCAUCACAAAAUUUAUUAUGAGUGUUCCGAAACUGAGAAAUAAUCUAGUGGAAUUAACUAAAUUUUUCUUAGAACAAUUAAGUAUAAUGUUUCCAAAGAUCAACAUCUAUGUUCAGCCAUUGCCUCAAACUAUCAAGUGUCAUUUCAACAUUAUGGAAUAUGAUCCGAAUAUUUAUAAUGUAGAGAAUAUAGAGGAGGCAGAUAUUUUAUAUAAAAAACAAAAAAAUCUGAAUUUGUCUGUCCAAUACAACGAACGGCAACCAUCAUGGACAGACUCGAGCAAAUCGAGUUGUGUAAUAAAUAUGGAUGAUCUCACACAAACAGUGGAUGAUACUUUGGAAAAUAUUUUCCAAGCAAAUACAGAUCAAAAUGCUGUACUAGCGUAUUAUUAUAUGGACGAUAACAACAAAGUGCAAGUGACAGAGAUCUUCGAUGUAACUGAUUCAGAAUCGCAUACUAUGCUUUCUGUAGACGAAAUUGAUACCAAUAGAAGACUUCAAUUUGACGACUGGGAUGAACCUACAUGGCUAUCUCAACAUACGUUCAAUGAUGUGGUUACUGAGUCUCUUUACACCGAUGGAAAUCAAGAAAAUACGGAAAAUUUAUCGGAUGCAUCAUUAGAAGACGAGAUAUUAAAUAGCGCAAAUAUAUUCUCCGAUCCGGAAAGUGAAUGGGAAAUGGAAAAGGAGCAAGAAGAAACGCCCAAAUCUCCGGACAGUCGACCGGAAGUAGAUCAACCAUCCACGAGUUUGUUAUAAAAAUUAUUCUCUAAUAGCCUGCUAUUGUUACCACAGAAAUAAGAAAUAAUAAUUGCAAGUGUAGGUUUUUGAAUGAUAUAUUGUGAUAUAUGCUCUACUUAUUUAACCAUGAAUAAGAAUAGGAGAUAUUUAAAAAGAUAUAUUCGAAUAUUAUGCACAAACAUACGAAAAAAUAACGAAAGAUGCUCUAUUUAAGAGCACUAUUUUAUAAAAUUUAUAUUCUUGUAAGAUAUAUAAUUGAGAUAUAGUGUUGAUGCAUAUAAGCUCAUACUUACAAUAUUAUGUACAUACAUGUCAGUAAAUAUAUGUCACCGCAUUUAAAUGUUAGUAUGGCGUACAACAGUAUUCUAUUAUAAUCUAAGUUAUUAACUUGGAUUUAAAAAUUUCGUUAAUAAUAAACGAUUGUAUAAGUUUA